AUGGGUGACGUAAAGGGCGCCAAAAGAAUGUCAGUUGAUAAAGGGAUUCUUGGAUAUCUCAACAAGCUCCUAGCCCAAUAUCAUACUCUAGUACGCGCUGAACAGUUGUACUACCGAGUCCAUUCACAGGUGUUGGGAGGGGAAAGAGGCAGUAGUUAUUGGUGGCUGGAGAUCCCCGCAAGCAAUCGGAAUGUCGGUCGAACCGGAACAGAGAAGGCCGGAUAG